UUAUAAUCCCAUUGAUAGAUGGCGGUAAAAGUCAAUUAAGAGAAUGGACCAAUCGCGACCAAUGCAUAAUUCAGUUUUGUGAAGAUAUUUUGUGUUUUUAUUUUAAUUAAUUUACAUAUAAGGUUGUAAUAUUAAUAUAAGAUUGAAGCAAGACUACCAUUUUUGAACAUUACCAACAUUUAAAUCGUACACUUCAAGGCAAUAUCGAUUGCUUAGUGAAGUAUAUAUAACGAACAGAUUGCUUCAAGUUACUCAAUGUUAACUCAAAAAUAAACACAAUGUCUUUACUGCAAUCAUUGUCUUCAGGACUUAACAAAACUUCGAAAUUAAUAUCUCGAAGUGUCCCAGCUGUAUUUUAUCAUCCAAAUGUGAUAGAUCAUUAUGAAAAUCCAAGAAAUGUAGGUUCUUUGGAUAAAAAUGAUUCUCAGGUUGGUACAGGUAUCGUAGGAGCCCCAGCCUGUGGAGAUGUAAUGAAACUUCAAGUUAAAAUUAAUGAGAAAGGAAAGAUUAUUGAUGCUAAAUUUAAAACUUUUGGUUGUGGUUCUGCUAUUGCUUCAAGUUCCUUAGCCACAGAAUGGGUUAAAGGAAAAACUAUUGAUGAAGCACUGGCUCUUAAGAAUGGUGAUAUUGCUAAAGAAUUGUGCUUACCACCUGUCAAGUUACAUUGUUCAAUGCUCGCAGAAGAUGCAAUUAAGGCUGCUUUGUCAGAUUAUAAUAUAAAACAGAAACAAAAAUUGAAAAAUAAUGAUAAUAAGAAUAAAAAUGAAACAUGAUUCUCAUAUAUUUCAAAUGAUAGUAAAAAAUAUUAGAAUUAUAUAUCUUAUUUUUUGUUUUUUCACUUGUUUGUUCACUAAUUUUUACAUAUAACAAUAUUCAUAAAUUAUGUGUUGUGAUUAGAAUGAAAAAGUGUAUAUUAAAUUAUAUAUAAAAUUUAAUUAAAAUUAAUAUUAAUGUAGUACUUACAUAUAUUCUUUCAUUUUUUCAAAAAUAAAUAUAUUUAAUUAAACAA